CACCAAAUUGCGCGCACCUUUUUCUUUUUCAAUUUUUUGCUCUAAUCUUAAAAGAAAAAAAGAAGAGGUUUCCUAGCAGGCAUUCAGUUUACGGGUGGAAAACGAUGGCGUUGAUUACACUCAAUUCCCAAAUAUAAAGCCUCAAAAAGAAAAUUAAACCUUUGAAAAGCCUGAACAGAUAGAAACAAUAGCAGUAGCAGUCUUAACAGUUACAGACAGCCUUGCAAUGCAAAGCUGUAUGUGAAUUUAUAUCUGUAAAACAAAUCUGGCGCGCGCCAGGGCACACGCUCACGCAUUAAACAUUUGGUGGUUCAUUUUUUUAAAAGAAUAUUUGUAAAUCCUUUUGCUCUUCUUUGAGUCAUUUUCACAAGCAAAUAACAAGUGACAGCUCCUAGAUCUCUCCUCGAUACUGUGUCACCAAACAAGCUUCAUUUAACAGCUUUUUACCGUUGUAUUUGGAAUGGUUAUUAUUACUUAAUUUUUUUGAUUUAAAGUUGAAAGUUGGUAUUUGGUGAAAAUAGAAAACCUUCAAUUACAACUUUUUUGAGGAAAAAUGGACGGUGGAGAUGGGACGGUGAGAUUAGGAGCUUUGAAUUUGAAAGCGGGUCGAGGCUUAGAUUUGGAUCCAGAUGUCUCCGUUUCUUCGCCGGUAACCAGGCAAAAAGCUGCCGCCGCCAAACAAUUUAUAGAGAAUCAUUACAAGAACUAUUUGCAAGGAUUGCAAGAACGUAAAGAAAGACGGCGAACACUGCAAAGGAGAGCUGAGGAAGCUCAGAUUUCAAGCGAGGAACAAGAAGAGAUGAUGAGGAAUUUGGAAAGGAGAGAAACUGAAUACAUGAGGCUACAAAGACGUAAAAUCGGAAUUGAUGAUUUCGAACAAUUAACUGUAAUUGGAAAAGGUGCAUUUGGAGAGGUUAGAUUAUGUCGUGCUAAAAGUACGGGAGAGAUUUUUGCCAUGAAGAAGUUAAAGAAAUCAGAAAUGCUUAGUCGUGGACAGGUUGAGCAUGUUCGUUCCGAGAGAAACUUACUUGCUGAGGUUGAUAGCCGGUGCAUUGUAAAGAUGUUCUAUUCUUUUCAAGAUUCUGAUUUCUUAUACCUUAUUAUGGAGUAUUUGCCUGGUGGUGACAUCAUGACACUAUUGAUGAGAGAAGAUAUUCUAUCUGAAGACGUUGCACGUUUCUAUGUAGCAGAGAGCAUUUUGGCUAUUCAUUCAAUUCACCAACACAACUAUAUUCAUAGGGACAUUAAACCGGACAACCUGAUUCUAGAUAGGAAUGGGCAUUUGAAGCUUUCGGAUUUUGGCUUGUGUAAACCUCUAGAUGGAAAAUAUUCAACAAUAUUGUUGGAGGAUGAAGAUUUAACUUCUAUGGAAUCUACUAAUGAAGCUGAGGUCCAGUCGCGCUCUGAAAGAGCCCCUUGGUUGAUGCCAAAAGAACAGCUACAACAAUGGAAACGAAAUCGCCGUGCGUUGGCUUAUUCAACUGUUGGAACUCUUGAUUACAUGGCUCCUGAAGUUCUUUUAAAGAAGGGUUAUGGUAUGGAGUGUGAUUGGUGGUCUCUAGGGGCAAUCAUGUAUGAGAUGCUCAUCGGCUAUCCUCCAUUUUGUUCUGAUGAUCCUCGGAUAACAUGCCGCAAGAUAAUCAAUUGGAGAACCUGUUUGAAAUUCCCUGAGGAACCAAAAAUAUCUGCCGAGGCUAAGGAUUUAAUUUGUCACCUGCUCUGUGAUGUUGAAACACGCCUGGGCACCAGAGGAGUAGAAGAACUGAAGGUGCAUCCCUGGUUCGAAGGUGUUCAAUGGGAAAAACUUUAUGAAGUUGAAGCUGCAUAUAAGCCAACAGUCACUGGAGACUUGGACACUCAAAAUUUUGAGAAGUUCCCUGAAAUUGAUAUCCCUCCCUCCGCAAUACCACAAGUGGGACCUUGGAGGAAGAUGUUGACAUCAAAAGAUACCAAUUUCAUAGGAUUUACUUUUAAGAAAUCAGAUAUCGCUAAAUCACUUGAAAGUACAGGUACUGACAGGACAGCCAGCGGCCCUUCAAAAGCCCCAUCUCUUAUUUCCUUGCUAGGUCAGAUUGAUCUUCAAGAAACAGUGAUACCAGAGGGUGAACAAAAUGCAGAAACAGGAGGAAACUUGAAUCAGACAGAACAUAGUCUGUCUGUGUGAUACCUUUUGUUUUCAUCUCAUGAAGAACAACACUCAGUAAGCGAGAGCCCAAAGGGUUGCUAGCUAUCAUAUGAGAUUGAAUUUGUGAUGAACCGGUUCUUGGAAGGAAGACAUUAAUAAGGUCAGGUGGAAGGAAGUCAUCUUGACCACUAUAUUUUGGUCUUCUUUCUCCAAAAAUUGUUGUGUAUAAGCUGCUACUUUAAAACCCAAAAUUAUGUUGAAUCCAUUUUUGUCUGUAAAAUAAAUACUACAUUCAACUUUUUUAUAAACAGAUUCAUUUGUCUA